UGGGUCUUUUUAAUUAUAAUUUAAAAAAAAAAAAAAAAAAGAAAAAAAGUAGUGGAAGAAGAUGAUAAUGAUGAUGUAGUGAAGUAAUGAUGUGUACAAAAAGCUCAUCUUCAGCUUUUAUUUUCCCAUCCCACCAACCUCUCUUAUUGGCGGCUUAUGUUUCUUUCAUUUUUCAGUUACCAUUUGUUAUAGUUUUCUCCCCAUCAAUCCUAUAUAAAUCCCCAUAUCUCCCAAUUCCUCCCUUGAAAUCUGAAAAACCCCAAAAACCAAUAAUUCUCUCUGUUUUCUGAUCUCUGUUUCUCUUUCCCUGUGAUGAUGGGGGAGAGAGAGAAUAAUAAUGAAGGUGGAAUUAAGCUGUUUGGGACAACAAUCAUGUUGCAAAAUAACAGGCAAAUCAUCAAAGAAGAAGAAGAUGAAGAAGAAGAAGAAGAGCCCAAUAAAUCAGAUCAGCAAUCACUUGAAAAAAGGCCUGAGAAGAUCAUCCCUUGCCCAAGAUGCAAAAGCAUGGAUACCAAAUUUUGUUACUUCAAUAAUUACAAUGUUAACCAGCCAAGGCAUUUCUGUAAGGGCUGCCAGAGGUAUUGGACCGCCGGCGGGGCCCUUCGCAACGUCCCCGUUGGAGCCGGCCGUCGCAAAACCAAGCCCCCUUGUCGGACCUUUGCUGGCUUGCCCGAAAAUUGUGUCUUUGAUUCUUCAGGGAUGGUUGCGGUUCAACCGUUUGAGUUGGAAGGGAUGGUCGAGGAGUGGCAUGUCGUCGCUGCUGCCGCCACACAAGGCGGUUUCCGGCAAAUGUUACCGGUAAAGAGGAGGAGGGAUUGCCAAGAUGGUCAAACUUGUUGAUUAUUAUUCUUCCUCCUUUUCUUCUUCUUUUGGUGUUGAGAAUUUUUAUGUGAUUGAGAGAAAAAAAUGGAAAAAGAAAAAAAAAAAAGAAAAAAAAAAAGAAACGUGUUUUCAUGGUGUUAGUUUAAUUUGUACAAAUAAUAGACUUUUGUUCAUAGAAUUUUGAGGUAAAAGACUAAUUAGCUUUUUUAAGAAUCAAA